CGGACACAAGAAAGAUAAAAGUCAGUGUAAAGUUUUUUAAAUUUUGGCGGAAAAUAUGGCCUUGCUAUGGCUCGUGAUUCUCUGCGGCGUGUCCUCAGCAACUGCCCUGGACAAUGGGCUGGCGUUAACGCCGCCUAUGGGUUGGCUGACCUGGGAGAGGUUCCGGUGCAUCACAGAUUGUAAAACAUAUCCUUCGGAAUGUAUCAGUGAAGAUUUAAUAAAACGGACAGUGGAUAUGAUGGUGAUCGAAGGUUACCGUGACGCUGGUUACGAUUACGUCGGUAUCGAUGACUGCUGGCUCGAGAAGACCAGGGGACCGGAUGGCCGCAUGGUACCGGACAGGGAACGGUUCCCUAGCGGAAUGAAUGCCUUGGCUGAUUACAUCCAUAGCCGAGGGUUGAAGUUUGGAAUCUAUCAGGACUACGGCAAUUUGACCUGCGCAGGAUACCCGGGCGUGUUGGGAAGCGAACAGUUAGACGUGGACACCUUCGUGAGCUGGGACGUAGACUACAUCAAACUAGACGGAUGCUAUAUAAAUGCUACAGAGAUGGACAGCGGAUAUCCAGCCUUCGGAAAAUUAUUAAAUGACAGCGGGCGUCCCAUUUUAUAUUCAUGCAGCUGGCCAGCCUAUCAAGAAGAUAUUAAAAUGAUGCCUGACUACGCGUCGAUAGCUCACCACUGCAACCUGUGGCGGAACUGGGACGACAUCGACGACUCGUGGUGGUCGCUGGAGAGGAUCAUGGACUGGUUCGGAGACAAUCAGGAGCGGCUCGCGCCCCACGCCGGGCCCGGCCACUGGAACGAUCCUGACAUGUUGUUGAUCGGCAACUUCGGUCUAAGCGAGGACCAGGCGCGCGUCCAGAUGGCCGUGUGGGCGGUGCUGGCGGCGCCUCUACUCAUUAGCGCGGACCUCGCCACCAUGAAGCCGGAGUUUAAGAGUAUUUUGCUCAAUCGAGACAUCCUAGCUGUCGACCAAGAUCCCAUGGGGAAGCAAGGACUGAGGGUGUAUAAGGAGAAGAAAAUAGCGAUAUGGACCCGCGAGUUAUUUGACGGAAGUUACGCCGUCGCGUUCGUCAGCCACCGCACAGAUGGCGCUGCCUACGUCUUCCGGUACAAGCUGAAGGAUUUCAAACUGCCGGAACAAAUUUAUGAUGUACAAGAUUUAUAUAAGGAAGAAAGCAACAGGAGUGUGGGGCCAAAUGAAGAAUUUGCGGUCAAACUGAACCCUACAGGUGUGAAAUUCUACAAAUUCAUCCCGAGAAGCACAGAAAAAGUGAGAACAAAUGAAGUAGUCAUCAUAGAUGAAAACAAACUAGGAAAAUAAGCUUAUUUUGUACAAACUUAUACCUA